UGUUUCCAAACGCUACCUAUAUGUCCCGUUUCGUUCCCUUCCCACAUGUCUACCAAACGCUACCUUAAACAUGAAGAAGAGUUGAUUAAAAAAAACAUGAAGAAGAGUCUGUUGUAGUAUUGUAUAUGGCUGUGAAGUUGUGUGCCCUUCGUUUGGUCCUUCUGAAUUCUCUAAUCAAUGAAAAGUUUCACAGGAAAAGUUCACAACUUGCUUGCAGAUUCACCUCUUCCCUCGCUUUUGUUCAAAAGCCAUUCGUUUCACUUUCAUGCACUAAACAUGAACAAGAGACCACCACUUUUGAGUUAUUGCGUCAUUACGAGUUCUUCAGGAAGCACACUGCUAAGAACACAAAAAUCUUGCAUGCCCAUUUGCUUAAAUCUCAUGAUUUACAAUCUGACAUCUUCUUAAUGAACUCUUUGCUCGAUUCUUACUGUAAAUCUGCUGACAUGGUUGUUGCCCACAAGCUGUUUGAUACAAUUGCUCUUCCAAAUAUUGUUUCUUGGAAUGUCAUGAUAUCUGGUUAUGACCAUAAUUCGAUGUAUGAGAAGUCAGUGAAGAUGUUUUGUAGGAUGCAUUUGUUUGGUGUUGAGCCUGAUGAGUUUAGUUAUGCGAGUGUUCUCUCGGCCUGCAUUGCCUUGCAAGUUCCAAUAUUUGGCAAGCAAGUUUAUUCACUUGUCAUGAAAAAUGGUUUCCUUUCCAGUGGCUAUGUUCAGACUCGAAUGAUGACUAUGUUUUCCAAAAAUUGUAACUUUAAGGAGGCUCUAAGAUUUUUUAAUGAUGCUUCAGCUUCAUGGGCUAAUGUGGCAUGUUGGAAUGCUAUUAUUUCUUUGGCAGUUAAGAAUGGAGAUGGCUGGGUUGCAAUGGAUCUGUUUAAUCAAAUGUGCCAUGCAUCGUUAUUGCCAAAUAGUUACACAUUUCCAAGCAUCUUAACAGCAUGUUGCGGGCUUAAAGAGGUGUUGAUUGGAAAAGGAGUUCAUGGAUGGGUGAUCAAAUGUGGUGCAACAGAUGUAUUUGUGCAGACUGCUAUCAUUGAUCUAUAUGUGAAAUUCGGAUGUAUGAGGGAGGCUUAUAGACAAUUCUCUCAGAUGAAAGUCCAUAAUGUUGUCUCCUGGACUGCUUUAAUUUCUGGGUUUGUGCAAGAUAAUGAUAUUACUUUUGCACUACAGCUUUUCAAAGAUAUGAGAGUAAUAGGGCAGGAGAUAAAUAGCUACACUGUUACUAGUGUACUUUCUGCUUGUGCUAAAUCCGGGAUGAUUGUGGAGGCGGGCCAAAUUCAUUCCUUGGUAUUAAAAUUAGGGUUGAAUUUGGAUGUUAAUGUUGGGGCUGCCUUAGUUAACAUGUAUGCAAAAAUAAGAGAAGUUGGACUGUCUGAGUUAGCCUUCGGCGAGAUGAAAAAUAUGAAGGAUCAGAGCAUAUGGGCAGCCAUGCUUUCUUCUUUUGCUCAGAACCAAAAUCCAGGAAGGGCACUUGAGUUAUUCCCUGUAAUGUUAGGAGAAGGAGUGAAACCUGAUGAAUAUUGUAUAAGCAGUGUGUUAAGUAUUACGAGCUGCUUAAAUCUUGGGUCACAGAUGCAUACUUACGUUUUGAAGUCUGGGUUAGUAACUGCGGUUUCUGUUGGCUGUUCACUUUUUACUAUGUACUCAAAGUGUGGUUGUUUAGAGGAAUCUUAUAAAGUUUUUCAACAAGUUCUUGUCAAAGACAAUGUGUCAUGGGCCUCCAUGAUUUCUGGUUUUGCUGAGCAUGGAUGUCCGGAUCGAGCUCUUCAGCUAUUCAAGGAAAUGCUAUCUGAAGAAAUUGUACCUGAUGAAAUUACCUUAAACUCAACUCUAACUGCGAUUUCUGAUCUCCGCUUUUUGCAUACAGGUAAAGAAAUUCAUGGCUACGCUUUUCGUUUAGGAUUAGGAACAAACACAGUUGUUGGUGGGGCAGUUGUCAACAUGUAUUCUAAGUGUGGAAGCUUGAAUUUGGCAAGGGCGGUGUUUGAUAUGCUGCCUCAAAAAGAUGUUUUUGCUUGCUCUUCCUUGGUCUCAGGAUAUAGCCAAAAGGGUUUGAUUAAAGAGUCAUUAUUGUUGUUCCGUGAUAUGCUUCUGACUGAUGUAACAGUUGAUGCUUUCACAAUUUCAUCCAUUCUUGGGGCUGCUGCGCUUUUGUACCGGUCAGAUAUUGGAACUCAACUGCAUGCCUAUGUUGAAAAAUUGGGCUUACAAACAAAUGUUUCUGUUGGUAGUUCACUAGGGACAAUGUACUCAAAAUGUGGAAGCAUUGAGGAUUGCCGAAAAGCAUUCGAUGAUGCUGAGAAGACUGACCUGAUAGGUUGGACAUCCAUCAUAGUGAGCUAUGCUCAACAUGGUAAAGGUGCAGAGGCCUUAGCUGCUUAUGAACUUAUGAGAAAAGAAGGAGUCCAGCCUGAUGCGGUAACAUUUGUUGGGAUUCUAGUGGCUUGUAGCCAUAGUGGUCUUGUUGAAGAAGCCUUCUUCCAUCUUAAUUCAAUGGUCGAAGACUACAACAUUAAGCCGGGUCAUCGUCAUUAUGCUUGUAUUGUUGAUCUUCUUGGUCGAUCAGGUAGACUGAGAGAGGCUGAAAGUUUAAUCAACAAUAUGCCUCUUGAACCUGAUGCUUUAAUAUGGGGAAUUUUGCUUAAUGCUUGCAAGGUCCAUGGUGAUUUUGAGCUCGGAAAGUUAGCAGCCGAAAAGGUAAUGGAAUUGGGGCCAAGUGAUGCCGGUGCUUAUGUUUCCUUUUCAAAUAUCUGUGCAGAGGGAGGACAGUGGGAAGAAGUCACCAAGAUUAGAAGCUCCUUUAAUAGAACUGGCAUCAAGAAAGAGGCUGGUUGGAGCCUUGCGUGAAAAGCAUAAUAUCAUGAUAGCUGCUAAUUUCUUCUCUUGCGGAUUCCGUUACAUUAACAUAUUGAAAAAGAAUAGUGAGUUCACAUUUGAAAGCUAGAUUCUCAUGGAAGCAGAUAACCAGCAUUUUGGAUGAUGUUAGAUGCACAGUAGUCAUCUUAAGAAAUGUCAGGAUAUGGAUAUAUAGCCGUAACGUUUAUUACAUUGUAACUUGUAAGUAUUUGCACAAUCCAGCAACAUAAAUAUGUAAUGAAUCAUGAUUUUUGCAUUUGCUUCCUAUUUCCUAACCAAUUUCAACGUUUGGCUGUCCUUAGCCUAGAGGCCUAAAAUUGUAAAUUUCAUGAGAAAUGUUAUUUGAAACAAGAAAAUCAGAUACAAAAUGAGGAAAUUGCUGUGUUAAUGGUGUAA